CCUCCUCUUCCUCCUUCUUCUCUCUUCUCUUCUUCUCUUUCUUCCUCUCAUCCAUCUUUUUAUUGAUCUAUCUAUCCUCUUUUCCCUUUAUCUCCAUCCUAAUCCAUCCCAUACCCCCCGUCACAAUGGCUACCUACGCUCUGUCCCAGUCCCACCGGGCUCAAAUGGAGGACCAUCUGGUCUCUUCUGACCCUGAGGUCGCUAAGAUCAUGGAAAAUGAGAUCCAACGUCAGCGUGAAUCCGUUGUCCUGAUUGCUUCCGAGAACUUCACUUCUCGUGCUGUCUUCGAUGCCCUUGGUUCUCCCAUGUGCAACAAGUACUCUGAGGGAUACCCCGGUGCUCGUUACUAUGGUGGAAACCAGCACAUCGAUGCCAUUGAGCUUCUUUGCCAGUCUCGUGCCCUCAAGGCCUUCAACCUGGACCCUGCCAAGUGGGGUGUCAACGUCCAGUGCCUCAGUGGUAGCCCUGCCAACCUGCAGGUCUACCAGGCUCUGAUGCGCCCUCACGAUCGCCUCAUGGGCCUUGAUCUCCCCCACGGUGGCCAUCUGAGCCACGGUUACCAGACCCCCGCCCGCAAGAUUUCCGCUGUCUCCACCUAUUUCGAGACUUUCCCCUACCGUGUCAACCUGGAGACCGGAAUCAUCGACUACGACACUCUGGAGGCCAAUGCUGAGCUCUACCGCCCCAAGUGCCUGGUCGCCGGUACCUCCGCCUACUGCCGUCUGAUCGAUUAUGCCCGCAUGCGCAAGAUCGCUGACAAGGUUGGCGCCUACCUCAUUGUGGAUAUGGCUCACAUUUCCGGUCUGAUCGCCGCCGGUGUCAUCCCCUCCCCCUUCGAAUACGCUGAUGUCGUCACUACCACUACCCACAAGUCUCUCCGUGGUCCCCGUGGUGCCAUGAUCUUCUUCCGCAAGGGUGUCCGCAGCACUGACCCUAAGACUGGUAAGGACAUCAUGUAUGACCUUGAGGGCCCCAUCAAUUUCUCCGUCUUCCCUGGCCACCAGGGUGGUCCCCACAACCACACUAUCACUGCUCUUACUGUUGCCCUCAAGUACGCUGCUACUCCCGAGUUCAAGCAGUACCAGGAGCAGGUGAUCAAGAACGCCAAGGCUCUGGAGAAUGAGUUCAAGGUUCUGGGCCACAAGCUCGUCUCUGACGGCACUGACAGCCACAUGGUCCUCCUGGAUCUCCGCCCCAAGGCCCUGGAUGGUGCUCGUGUUGAGGCUGUCCUGGAGCAGAUCAACAUUGCUUGCAACAAGAACUCCAUCCCUGGAGACAAGUCCGCUCUCACCCCCUGCGGUAUCCGUAUCGGUGCUCCCGCCAUGACUAGCCGUGGUAUGGGCGAGGAAGACUUCAAGAAGAUCGCUCACUACAUUGAUGACUCCAUCAACAUCUGCAAGAAGGUUCAGAGCGAGCUCCCCAAGGAUGCCAACAAGCUCAAGGAUUUCAAGGCCAAGGUCGCUUCUGAGACUGUUCCUGAGAUCCUCAACCUCCGCAAGGAGAUUGCUCAGUGGGCCAGCUCCUUCCCUCUCCCCGUUUAAAUGGCUUAACCCAUGGGGAAUAAACGCUUCUUUGGAUAUGAUACCAAUUUCUCUUCUUUUUCUUCUUCCUCUUCUUUUGUCCUUUUUUUUUUUCCCUUUGUUUCCAUUACUUUUGUACGAGUUCAACAUCAUUACGCAUAAAAAUAAGGAUUGCUGGGAGUGCGUUAUUAGGGGUUUAUACGGGUCUGCUUUUUCAACCUCACGCGGGACACGGGAAAUGGAUAUGCAUGAGUAUGUAAAUAAAUCAUAGCACUGGGAUGGCUUCUUCAACACCUUCUUCAACAGGAAAAGUUCGCCGUGAUUCUAAGGCUUUGGCCUUAUUGGGGCUUGAUAAUGCUAACUGGUUUUGAUUCAUAUAUGACAAACUAGAAAUUAAUGAUUUAAU